UUGCUAUGAUAUUUCUUUAUAUAUCAAGUUUAUAUCAAAAUUUUAAACACACCUCAACGAUUUGAUAGUAUUAAAUCUCAUUCACUGUGAGCAUUAUAACAGACGAUACAAUUUUAAUUAUACAAAUCAUGCGAUUAGUGCAGUUCAAUCAACAUGGACAACAGUGUCUUGGACUGGAACUCUCUGAAAAUGGAGAUUUAAUAAAUUUGAAUAAAGCAGACGAAUCUAUACCACGUGAUAUGAGAACAUUUCUCGAAUGCGGAGAAGAUACAUGGAACAAAGCUAGAAGUGCUUCAAACAGAAAAGACUGCUUGGUAAAGAGAAACUGUGUAAAGAUUCUUGCCCCUAUAACGUCAUGCGAGAAGGUGUUAUGCAUUGGCAUGAACUAUACGGACCAUUGUAAAGAACAAAAUGCUGAUAUACCAGCAGAACCUGUGGUGUUCAACAAGUUUCCAAGUUGUAUUAUUGGACCAGAUGAUUCAUUGAGCUACCCAGAAGAGGCAAAGCUACUAGACUGGGAAGCAGAGCUGGUCAUUGUUAUCGGGAAAACAGCAAAACAUGUCAAGUUAGAGAACGCCAUUCAAUACGUGUUUGGCUUUACUUAAGCGAAUGCCGUUUGCGUACGUGACUGGGUAUGGAAAAAUGCCGGCCAGGUGGUUCUUAGUUCAGCUAUGGACCAAACA